AAAUUACAGCUGCUAUCAGCUGGACAUUUACGUAAAGAUGAGAACAAGUGUGAUGAAUAGUGAAAGCGAUUUUCCUUACGCUCUGUCAAGCCAUGUAUGAAUGAAGCGGUGGUGUAAACGCUCAAAUUUGAUAGUGAACACGUAAAAUGUGCAAUACGGUUUUAAAUGUGGAUCUCAAUAACGAGGGAUCAAAGUCAUCGUCGUGUCUGCGUGUUCAAGUGAACAAACUGACAUCUCGAGCGAUGGGAUGAAUGAGAAGUUCAACGAGAAGACGAAUCGCAAUUAAUUAUUAACUUACGUACCAUACAAACAUCGAAAUAAUAUCAGAGCUGUCAAUGUGUGCCAUAUUACAUAAAUAAAUGUAAGGCCUCAACCUUCAAAUCUGCUCGCUUUGAAGGUUAGGAUAGGUUAUGUAACACCUUUAUCCUUCACUUAUUUUCAAUCUUCGAACAACUUCAAAGGUCUGCGCAGAUAUCUGUUACUCUGUUUUGUCUAUCCGUCUAUUUAUCUGCAUCUUUAGUUCGAUACGAAGCAGUAAUCGCAGGUACAAUGGGCCUGCCGGAAAGUUUGGAAUCUAUACUAUUUCCAUCCGUAGCAGCUAUCUCAAAUUCAUCUUCAUCUCGGACGGCCAAAGAUUUGGAGAAAGACGUCAAUGCCACGGCCCAAGAAAAAAUACCACUCUCGUUGAUAAUGAAAAUAACGUCUCACGAUGCCAGGGAGUUUGCCUGUGGUUGGGGAGCGGCGGUGAUCAAUGUUACCGUCACGUAUCCCAUAAACAAGAUAAUAUUUCGUCAGAUUCUGGAAGGCGUGCCAGCAGGAGCGGCGGCGAAGCAGCUUUCCGAAGAAGGAGUCCGCCUUUUGUACCGAGGCAUCCUGCCGCCGUUGUGCCAGAAGACGCUCUCGCUGAGCAUAAUGUUCGGGGUGUACGAGGGGAGCCGGAAGCGGAUAUACCUGUUGACGAAAAACACGGGCCUUUCGAAGUUCCUCGCGGCGAACAUCGCGGGAACCGCCGAGGCGAUCCUGAUGCCGCUGGAGCGAGUCCAGACGCUGCUGCAGGACUGGCGCUACCACGAGAAGUUCAAGAACACUUCACACGCCUUCAGGCACCUCCUCAGGCACCAUGGGAUCCCGGAAUGCUACCGAGGCCUACUCCCGAUUCUGGUCAGAAACGGUCUGUCGAACCUAAUGUUCUUCAGCCUGAGGGACCAGUCGAAAAUCCUGAUGGAUGGGAGAGACACUCUGUUCACAAAUUUCGUGUGCGGCGCGCUUAUCGGUGGCCUAACCAGCACAGUUUUCUACCCGAUGAACGUCAUCAAGAUUCAUAUGCAAACUAAGAUCGGCGGUGAUUUCGAGAAAUUCUGGUCCGUUGUUAAGGAGAUUUAUGUAUCAAGAGACAAGAGCGUCGCUCACUUUUACAAGGGGGUUCAUCUGAAUUACAUGAGGUCGUUCAUCAGCUGGGGUGUAAUAAACGCCGCUUAUGAUUUUUUGAAGAAAAUCAUAUUCGUAUGAAUCCUGUGCUCGUCGGAUUAUUUUUUUUUUUAAAUCUGUUAUCGAGGUGUUUAGAAAGUCAACAAAAAAAAAAAACAAUGAAAAAACAUCACCGAGAAGAAUAACGCAAAUGCUCGAUGGAACGAUAUUUUUCUUUCGUUAUUAGUCAAUGUCUCGCGGUGUUAUUUUUCGUCUAGCAAUUUUUUUUUUUCAAAUCUUAUUUUUCAAUCUCCAACAUCUCUGGCAUUUAGUGUGUACCUAUAGUGUCAAUGGUGAUGCGGAAGCGAGAAAAAAAUGUUACACUUAACAUGUAUCACUGUACAAUUUUUAUAGUUUUUAGUUAGCGAAAAAUCUUUAUUUUUUAAAUGUUGAUUUGAAAGAAAGAAUGACCAAACAAAGUAAUAAAAAAAAAAAGAAACCCAGGAAACAAUCAAGAUCUCAUGAAUUCGAACUUGAUCGAUUAAUGGUUAUAGAAAUUACUGUUUUGUAAACUUUCUUUUAGUACCUAGUA